AUGCUGCGAACUCCGAAGGACUGGGGGCUCCACCCCUUCUUCGAAAGACUGCUAAGGGAGCAGCGCAGCCCGGGGCAAAAGGUGGGCAUCCCACUGCUGGUGCCGAUCAACCUCCUGGCUAUGCCGGAGAGCAUUCAAGACCUCGACGCUGCGAUUCGAGCCCUGCGGUUGACAGAGGAGCUGUGUGCGAAGCUAUGCUUCGUGGGGAAUGAACGCUGCAAGUUCUCAAACUUUCUGCGCGUGGCGUUGCUGCAGCAUGUCUUUACUGAGCUCAUUCCGCUUCCUUUGGGCCCCAUCGCCCAGAAGCCGCCACUAAACUUGACAGACCCAGUCUGGGCUCCGAAUGGUCCGAGUGGCCUACACCCUCAACUGACGCGCGGUGGGCAACUGGAGCUGAUGCAGGUCUUGCUUCGCCUGGCCGAGCAUUUCGUGUCAGCCAGCUGUGGGCUGAAGGAGUCCAAGGGCUUCGAUGGCGUCAAGAUCGUUGUCCUGGGUGCAAUCGCUGCCCUAGCCGAUCGAGUCCUUCGCAUCCGCACAGUGCUGCCAGGAAUCCCGAAGCCUCAGAGCGAUGGCCCCAUUGAGGCCGAGCAGGAGCCCCACCCCAGCAUUGUCUCCGAGCUACUGAACGGCGUGGGCGGGAAGAACUGGAAGGCUCUGGCGGUGGACCCGACCUCCUUCAUGCGGCAGUCUGAGACGAUCGAGGCCACCACGCCCGAGAUCAGCGUGGCACGAACGUCUGUGGCCAGCUACUUCACUGAGGUCAAGAAGAGCUUGGAUGUGCCAAGCGGCAAGGACCGUACCCUCUUCGACUGGGAUCAGCACGGUUGGAUGAUGUGGGUCUCCAAGGUGGUUCGUUGCGUAAAGAAGCUUUGGGGAUGGGUGGUGCUCGGAGGGGACGCUGGCGACUCCCUUGGCUGGGACGACUUCAGGGCAGACCAGUGGGACUGGCUGGCAAUCCUUUGGCCUUCCGCCAUUUGCGCCACCCAUCUGCUCCAAGCUGGGGGCGACUGGGCACAGCUCGCUGCAGGUGCCGACCCAUACUUGGUCCACACGUGGCCCGAGUAUCAAUGUUACCGCGACAUUAUCUUCUACUGGAAAUACUUCCUGUGCACGGACCUCCGCGUGUUCCCCAAGUGCAAGGCCACCAGUGUCGUUAUGUUUUGGAUGCUAACGGGUGUCAUCGCUGUGCUACCACUUCGAUGCCUCGUUGCAUCUGAUGUAGGCAGCGGCAGCAUGACCUGGGCUUGUAAAUCCACCAAACAUUGCUGUGAUUGUGAUUUGGCGUCCUUUAUCAGACAUCCUUUCCCCUAA